CCGCUGCAGUCCUCCUGGCGCGUGAGUCCCGGGGUUUCGGCUUCUCCGCGACCCGUUAGCCGUGGUGGCCGCAGUUGCUUAGGACCGGAGGCCCACGGCGUCACAGGCUGGCGACAUGUCGAUGCUGGCUGAGCGUCGGCGGAAGCAGAAGUGGGCCGUGGAUCCAAGAAACACUGCGUGGAGUAAUGAUGAUUCCAAGUUUGGCCAGAGGAUGCUAGAGAAGAUGGGGUGGUCUAAAGGAAAGGGUUUAGGGGCUCAGGAGCAAGGAGCCACAGAUCAUAUUAAAGUUCAAGUUAAAAAUAACCACCUGGGACUUGGAGCUACAAUCAAUAAUGAAGACAACUGGAUUGCUCAUCAAGAUGACUUUAACCAACUUCUGGCUGAACUGAAUACUCGCCAUGGGCAGGAAACGUCAGACUCCUCAGAAAAGGAAAAGAAAUCUUUCAGCCUUGAAGAAAAAUCCAAAAUCUCCAAGAACCGUGUUCAUUAUAUGAAAUUCACAAAAGGGAAGGAUCUGUCGUCUCGCAGCAAAACAGACCUCGACUGCAUUUUUGGGAAAAGGCAGAGGAGGAAGACUCCUGAGGAUAAUUCCAGCCACACUACUCCGGAUGGGAAUGAAACCUCCACUACAAAGACCAGUGCCUUUACCAUCCAGGAAUACUUUGCCAAGCGGAUGGCAGAGCUAAAGAACAAGCCACAGGUCACAGCUGCAGGCCCUGGCUUUUCAGAGACCCAAAUGGAAAGGAAAAGCGGAAAGAAAAGAAAAAAGGAGACAAAAGAUAAAAAUGUGGAAAAUUACACCCAACCCAAAGCCAAGAAGAAGAGAGACCAAGUUGAGAGGCAGCUCGCAGACCCUUGUUGGGAUGAGAAUUCUGACACUUCUGCUGCAGGUAGAGAGGAUUGUGUGUGCCCACCUGAUGACCAGGACAUUCCCCCGAAGCCCCCAAAAAAGAGAGGGAAAAAAAAGCUACAAAAGCAAGUUGAAGCAGGAGUAGAUCCUAUUCUAGAUGAAACAUCAGUGAAAAAGAAGAAGAAAAAGAAGAAAGGUUCCAAAUAAAUUCUCUUGAGCCAGGGCCUUCCGAGCACUCAGACGUCAGGGUGCUGUCAAGCUGCUCGGGCCUGAAGUCAGAGCAGAGUGCGCCCAGGGGAGUCGGUGCGCAUCCGUAACAUGCCCGCCAAUUGCUGAGUCUUGCCCUCUUGCCACAUUUUUCCCAAAUCAUAUUCCCAGAAGAACUUUUUAAUGUUCCAAAUGAUGGCUCCCAUAAAGAAAUAAAUCUCUUUUUAGACUCA